AUGUCAAACACGGCUCUGCUCAAGCGGCUGCAGCGGGAAUUGCAACUGCUGGAGUGCGAGCCACCACCGGGCAUCUCCGCCUGGCCUAAAGAUGGCAAUAAAAUUACAGAAAUCGAAGCCUGCAUUAUUGGGGCAUCCGAUACGCCCUACGAGAAUGGAGUGUUCAAGCUUGAGAUCACUGUCCCAGAACGGUAUCCCUUCCAGCCGCCCAAUGUGCGGUUCAUGACGCCUAUCUACCACCCCAACAUCGACGACAGCGGUCGCAUCUGCCUCGACACGCUCGUGCAGCCGCCCAAGGGACCUGAUGGACAGGGAGCUUGGACGCCUUCCCUGAACAUAUCCACCGUCCUGAGUACCAUUCAAGUGCUGAUGUCUCACCCCAACCCCACCGAUCCGCUCAUGGCUGAUAUUAACGAAGUGUUCGUCAACAAUCACGCUCGAUUCGUGGAGACCGCCAAGCAGUGGACCCAGCGAUACGCCAACGAGAGCGAAAACGCGGCCCUCGCAGCUAGGACACGAAAGAGGGGCGAGGUGGGUACGUCAUCGGACGAUGCGGGCAAGCCGGAGAAGCCUGAUGCCACUGAGCCGCCCAGCAAGAGGAGGAGAAACGCCAAUGACGAGGACGAGGCGGAACAAAAGCGCAAGGACGAAGGGGAAGAUGAAGAGGAAGAUAGCGAAGAAGAGGAAGAUGAGGACGACGAAGAAGAGAGCGAGAACGAAGACUGA